GAGAAUGACCAACGCGAAAACGCUAAGUUACGUGCAUGGACACAACUCAGUGAUCUUUUUGCAAGCGUGCGUACAAAACACCAGAAAAGCCAGAACUCCACAAUUCGCGCAAGAAUCAAAUCGUUGUAUAACCAUUAAACAACACACAAAUUAUAAAGCAAGCGCCCAGGACAGGCUCAUGAAAAUCUUGAUCGUUGCAUUAUUCUCACUGACAGAAGCAUUUCGACACCCAAACAACAACAAGCUAAUCUUCAGAAAUGCGGAUCAAUCUCACACAACCGAUCUCGAUCGCUCUAACGCAGGAUGCCGCGAUCACUGCGAAGUUGGAUGGACAUAUUUUGACGAAACGGACGCCUGCUAUAAGAAUUUCUUCCGUGCUACCUUUCAAACUGCCGAAAACCUGUGUAAAACUCUUGGAGGACAUUUGACUUCGAUCCACAGUUAUAACGAGAACCUCUUCGUGGCUGAGCUUGCAAAAUCGGGUAGAAAAAUAACUGAUACUUUCACGCAGGGGACUUGGAUUGGUCUGGAACGCUAUGAUCAUUUAAACUGGACCUGGACUGACGGCACAAAGGUUGACUUUCUAAUAUGGGCUCCGGGUCAACCAGAUAACUUUCGUGGAGUACAAAAAUGCGGGCAGGUGUGGCCAGACCCAGAUGUAGACGAAUCCAAGGCUCUAACCUACCAAAGAUGGGACGAUUUACAUUGUUACAUUGAAAACAGAUCGUUUGUGUGCAAGAAGAAGCCUUUGCACUAGUUGCGAAACAAAAACGCGUUUGACUGCUGUGAGUGAAAGUCUGUACAACAAUAAAUUUUACAAAUAACAAUAAACACUCAAUAAAUUUUCUUUGAU